UUAGUAGCACAAAGUCUCAGUUCUGCUUAACAAGCAAACGUGAUGGGGGUGCGAAAGUUCCUUGCCCUGUUCCUGUUUUUCUUAUCGGAAUCAUCAGCACAGCGUCCUAACAUCGUGUUUAUUGUGGCUGAUGACUUAGGCUGGAAUGAUGUUGGUUUCCGGAAUCCCGACAUGAAGACCCCAAACAUCGACAAACUGGCCACUGAGGGAAUCAUCUUCGAAAAUGCAUAUGUCCAGCCCCUGUGCAGCCCAUCCCGUACCGCCUUUAUGAGUGGAAUGUAUCCAUUCCACGCAGGCAUGCAGCAUAGGACAGUGUUCCCUCAGCAGGCGGUGUGUGUGCCUCUCAACUAUACAUUCCUCCCCCAGGAAUUAAAGAAUCUCGGCUACGCUACGCACAUGAUCGGAAAGUGGCACCUGGGCUUCUGCAAGUGGGAAUGCACACCAACGUACCGAGGCUUCGAUACUUACUUUGGUUUUUAUAAUGCGCAUGAAGACUACUUCAAUCACACUGCUAGUUCGUAUGGGGGGCUUACAUCUGGGACGUACUUAGACUACAGGGACAAUAAGCUUCCUGCAAGAAACUAUUCUGGAGAAUAUUCCGCUUUCACAUUCGCCCAGAGAGCCGUUGACAUCAUCAAUCGUCAUGAUGUUUCACAGCCGCUGUUUAUGUACCUCCCGUAUCAGAACGUACAUGCUCCUAUUGAGGUGCCCAAGAAGUAUGAGGAUAUGUAUCCGAAUGUGAUCAACGAAGGGCGGAGAAAGUUCAGUGGAAUGGUGUCUGCCCUGGAUGAGGCAGUGGGUAAUGUUACCCAGGCCCUAAAGGAUCGGGGCUUGUUUGAAAAUACUCUGAUUCUUUUCACUGCAGAUAACGGAGGGCCCAUCGAAUGGUAUGCCAACAACUGGCCCCUGAGAGGAGGGAAGCACACGAUCUGGGAGGGUGGCACGAGGGGGACAUCCUUCAUGUAUGGUGCUGGGCUCAAGAAAACAAGGACGACAUACGAUGGGAUGAUCCACGCUGUCGACUGGAAGCACACCUUAGUGUCUGCUGCUGGUGGAACUCAAGAAACUACAAUAGAUGGAAUGAGUCACUGGGAUUCUAUUUCAAACGGUCUCCCGUCUAAAAGGACAGAGUUCAUUUACAACAUCGAUGACUUUGAAGUUCCAGACGAAGGACACGCUGGAAUAAGAGUAGGCGACUACAAGCUGAUCCUGGGGUUCCCUGGAGGUCCUGAUGGCUGGCACAGACCCAUGAAUAGAACCCAGGAUGACAUAUAUGAAGAGACAGUUUACACCACAGGAGAUGAACCAGUGCAUCUCUUCAACAUUCGAGAGGAUCCCACUGAGCACAACGACCUUGCACAACAGAUGCCGGACAUGGUGGCGUAUUUACGUGCCCGGUUUGAGGACUACAAAAAGACGAUGGUACCAGCCAACUUCCCCAACCCGGAUCCUGCAUCUGAUCCGAGAAAGUUUGGAAACGCUUGGAGUCCCGGAUGGUGCUAAUCAGAUGCAGUCCUGGCAAUAUAUCUACAUGUUGUUCAGCCCAUAAUAUGUGCUAUAUUCUGUACCUACAUGAAACAUGAAAAUCAGCUUUCCUUUGCAUUUGUUUAAAUAAUUUUACAUAGAUGAUA